UUGUAUGUUUUUGGCAAUGCUGGAGUGACCGGAAGUACCGUGUACUUUACAUUGGCUCAGCAUGUAGCGUGCUGCGACUGUUCUUUUAUAUCUAAAUGUUAAUUAAUUCGUUACUCUGAAUAUAUUUUUAAUAAUCCAAUACUUUUUUUUUUUAAUUAGUGUUGCAAGCGGACAGGAGCGUAGGCAGAAUUGCAUAUCCCGCUGUUUGAUUUCAAAAUUUUACCUUCUGUUUGUAGAAAUGACAGAUAUUUAAGUUUUCAAGGGAAUUAUAUAGCCCCCAAACACUACCGCCUCCCCAAAUUCAACAAAAUUUUCACAAACGUUUUUUUUUCAAGUGUAUUAUUAUUAGCAGUAAAGUGGCUGAAUUAAUACAUAUGUACAGCAACUACCUGCUGAGGUUCCUGCGCACCAAGAAGUUCAGCUGCCCCAUGGCCCAGGAGGCGCUAGAGAGGUACCUCCUGCUGCGGCAGACCUACUCCCCGGCCUUCAACAACUUCGACAUGAAGCUCAAGCCGAUGGCCGAGCUCUUGGACCUGGGGUACAUGUUUGCUGCUCCGAAAAGAGACAAAUUGGGUCGACGUGUGAUCAUAGCAAGACCAGGUGUCUUCGACCCAUACAAGUACACAAACGUGGACAUGUGCCGAAUCCACGGCAUCACCUAUGAGACGCUAAUGGAGGAUGAGGAAAACCAAGUGCGAGGGUACGUGCACUUCGCAGAUGGCUUGGGUGUCGGGUUUCCACACCUCACGCUGUUCACACCCCGGGAAGCAGUGCGCAUCGUCAAAAAUGGUGAAAAAACGCUGCCUAUGCGACAUAAAGAGGGCCAUGUUAUCAAUGUACCUCCGCCUCUGAAGUUCGCAGUCGAUUUUGGCUUCACACUUGUGUCGGAAAAAAUAAAGAAGAGGAUCAAGAUCUACACUUGCCUGGAGGAUGCGUUAGAAUUUCUAGAUAGGAGUGUGAUGCCAUUGGAAUACGGAGGCACCAUGCCCAUGGCCGAAAUGAUAGGGCUGUGGAAGGAGGAGGUGGCCGCCCACCAGUCGACGGUGCUAGCCAACGACGCCCAGCGCGUGCGGGAGGAGCUGUACAGCGACCAGGCGCGGCAGGGGGCCGUGUCCGCCCUCAAGCAGCCCCUGGACCUGCUCCCCGCCGCACACCGCUGCAUGGUCGGCAGCUUCCGCAAGCUGGAGGUCGACUGAGAACACAUAUUCUACUUCAGAGCAUUUACACAUACCUACUCGUAGCAUUUAAAGGGCCUGGCCCACUCGGUGCGACAUUGUGCUGUACAAAGUGCGUCUCAUUCUUAGGUUUCAGUGUGCAAUGUAAUGGACAUUCGCUGUCUCUUUCCAUGCAAGUUUUCUGCAAAUAAAGCAAACACAACUUUGUAACGUUUCAGAAAAAUUAUGUUUCGUAACGUCAUAAAACAUUUGUGAGGAAAAAAAAUUCUGAAUUUGUGUGUGCUGUAAAGGGAAAUUUAAAAAAAAAUAUGAAUAUUUGGCAAGUUACACAUUUUCAUGCUGUAUUUUGUCAAAAGCAAGAUAAUAAAUAUUUUACUUCUAAGGAAACAGAACUGAAAGUUGCCUUCUUGGUUUCAAAUGCCUUUGUCAACAUACUAUUUUUUACAAUUUCAUAUCAAAAUCCUUGCUAUGUUCGAGCAUAGCACAUAGUUUAAUAGAUGUUAAUAGAUAUGGCUGAUACAAAUAGUUUUAUGUCAAAAUAAUUGGAGUUUAGUAUUUUCAGUAUGACUACAACUGUAAUCACUGUCAAUAGAAGCUACUGUAUAAUCAUAAAAAUGUUAAAAAAUAAUAUUCAAAAAAAUUCAAUUUGGCCAAAAUUAAAAAGUAAUUAAGUAAUGAGACUAAUUAUUAGGAUGCAAAAUAAUCUACAUCUCCAAGUAGUACCAAUCUGGCAACAGUGCGCACCAUUUACUCUGGUCACUGUACUGCUAACUAAGAGUGAGAUACUGUAUAAUUACCUAAGUACCGUAUUUACUCGUGUAUAGCGCGCCCUCGUGUAUAGCGCGCACCACGAUUUUUGCAACAAAUUCCAAAGAAAAAAAAAAAUUUUUUCCCAUAAAUAAAUUUAACUAACAUUUUGUGGUACCUGUACGUGUGAAACAAAUUAUAAUUUAAAUUGAUGUGUGGUGAUGCGUCAGGAAAAUACUUAAACUCUGCUGUGUAGACGGAAGAUAAUGAAGCGCUGUAUCGUCACAACUGGUACGUGGUCGGGAGGGAGGGAGGCAGGCAGGAACGUGACGCGGAGGACUAGAUGACUCACCGGUAGCAGCUGCGACGAGGAAGCGAAGGAAGUGGGAGGGGGAAUGGCGACAAGCGACAACAUUCUUUCUCUCUCUUUUAUUUUACUAGCUGCGCUGGCUUUGUGUAGAGGGGGAGGUCUAAAAAUAAACAAGAGACGUGCGAGCUUGCGCGCGCACGUGUGUGUGUGCGAGAGACCAGGUUGCGUGCGUGCGUGUGUGUGAAAGAGAGGCCUUGUUGCUUGUGUGUAUGUGUGGGGGCUGGCCAGAAACGUCACCCGGCAGUUAAGCCUGCCCCACACGACACCCAUUUCCUUAGCAGUUUUCAUGUAAUUUUUAUGCUAGCGCGCCUGCUCCCGUGUGGGUAACAUUUCAGCACCCUUCCAAGGGGUCUGGCUCUGGGUAUAAAAGUUUUCAUAACAGAAGUCUUAGCCAAAACCGUAAUAGAACGUGUUCUAUUUUUCUGCUAUACCCACGAGCUGGAGCCGUCAAGAUGGCGGACCCACGUGUUGCAAUAUAACCCCGUAUAUAGUCUGUAUUGUCAACAUUAAGGGACGUAACAAAUGUAAUGGUAUGCCAAAUGAAACUUUAUAAUAGUAAAACUACUAUGGAAUAUAUUUGUUAAGCUGAAAUUGCCACAGAAAGAAGUAAUCGGAAAUUUUAAAAUACGUUAUGAAAAUACGUUGCAUUAUAUAUAACCUAUUAUCUCCUCUCUCAUUCGUAGAAGUUGCGGUAGCGUAGUGGCGAAGGGCACGAUGUCAGCGGUAGAAGGGUGAUUUUGAAUGUGGUUCGAAUCCUCUUUAGUCCA